AACAACAAAGUUUGUUAGGAUUACUUCUAAUGUCUUUAAACUGUGUGAAGUUAAUGAAAGUUAGUCAACUAACAUUACUUUAAACUACAUCAAAAAGAUUGCAUUAUAUGUUAUGAGUCUAUGUUUUAUUUAAAAUGGGUCAACCUUUGAACUGUUUCUUAGAAUGGCCGGAGCUGAAAACAAUGUUGUGGUUAUAUCAGAUUCUGAAGACUCUUUGGCUGAAUCAGAUGAGUUUGAUGAUGAUGAAACUGGUCCGCUGCUAUUCAUUGUGCCAUACACCAAACGCUUUCGCAUACUAGUUGCGGUAGCACGGAUCACAGGAAUUGACGAAACAUUGAAAGUUAAGAUCGCCAACAGGCAGAAUGUCAAGACAAAACAUGAUGUUAGGGCGGAGCCAAAUAAAAACAGUAUCAAGUACGUUGUAAAAGGCUGGGCGAAAUGGCUUAAAGAUAACAACAUAAAAGAAGGUGAUCAUUGCAAGUUCCAGUACUUUCCAGAUAUUGGUGUUUUGUUCCUUGCCAAUGUUUUCCGCUAGUGGUAAUGUUUGAAACUUUGAAUCACGUAGAAGCAUAACAUAUUGUUGUUUUGGCUAAUGAAGUAAGGUAGCGUAAGUUAUGUAGUGUUAAAAGUUGUUUUGUAUGUGGUUAACAUGUUUGA